GUUGCCUCUAUCUUUGGACUCUAGAGAUCCCAUCAACCAUUGCCACUGUCAAGGUAGCCCUAACUGGGUCUUGAUCAGACGAUACAAUGUCUUGUCCUCCACCAGAAGAAUUUCAAAUAGGUUGGAUCUGCGCCCUUCCCGUCGAGGCAGCAGCAGCCAAAGAAAUGCUCGACGAAAAUUUCGGAAUUCUCGACGAGCAAGAUACAACAGAUCCAAAUAUCUACACGUUGGGCCGAAUAGGCAAACACAAUAUCGUGAUCGCCUGCCUGCCUGCAGGCCAAUAUGGCAAUACUGCAGCUACUACAGUUGCAAACCAUAUGGUCCGUACGUUUUCGAAAUCACUACGUAUUGGCUUAAUGGUAGGUGUUGGAGGCGGAAUUCCAUCCGCUACCUGUGAUAUACGGCUUGGUGAUAUCGUUAUCAGCUGUCCAACAGGUACCUGUGGCGGUGUGCUUCAGUAUGAUAUGGGCAAGGUUGGAAGUGAUGGUAAAUUUACUCGAGUGGGAUCUCUGAACAGCCCUCCUAGGUCGCUGCUAGCGGCCGUUAGUAUGAUGAGGACUGCUGAGCUUACCGAUGAUCCUCACUAUCCGGAAUAUCUCCGAAAGGCGAUUGGGAGAACCCGAAAAACCCAGAAAACCUUUGCGAAACCUAAUCAGCACAGCGAUCGUUUAUUUCAGAUCAGGUACGACCAUCCGGCUACUGCAGACAACUGUGAUGUAUGUCUGAGAGAAUGGGAGGAGACCAGAAGUGAGCGCGAGGACAAUGAACCGCAAACUCACUACGGCAUUAUUGCGUCUGGAAAUUCUGUCAUCAAACACGGAAGGACACGAGAACAGCUCCGCACGCAAACUGGGGCAUUGUGUUUUGAAAUGGAGGCGGCAGGAUUGAUGUUGGAUUUUCCCUGCAUUGUAAUCCGUGGUAUUUGCGACUAUUCUGAUUCGCACAAAAACAAGCAAUGGCAAGGAUAUGCUGCAUUGGCCGCGGCGUCAUACACUAAGGAACUGUUGGGAUAUAUACCAAAGGGUCAAGUGUCGCAAGAAGGCUUGGCUACAGAUGUUUGUCGCUCCCUAGAAGACUUAAAUCGAGCGAUCAAAAGUACCAACGAUCGAUUGGAUAAAGCAUAUGAUCAACGAGAACGGUAUCACACUGAACACACUGCUCGAGUCUUGACCGAGCAGCAGAAAAGGUGUCAUCAAGUGUUCAAGAUUUCGAACUACGAGCAGCACAAGAAUAUCAAUCCUGAUCGAGUACCAGGAACAUGUCAGUGGGCUUUACAGAAUCCAUCUUACCUCGGCUGGUGGAAUAGCUGCGGCAAUGAUCUUCUCUGGAUAUCAGCUGACCCUGGCUGUGGGAAAUCUGUGCUCUCUAAGUCACUUAUUGAUAAUGACAUACAAGCCUGUGGUUCAGAGGUAUCAGUGUGUUAUUUCUUUUUCAAGGAUAAUGACGAGCAGAAUAAUCUUGCUACGGCACUGUGUGCAAUACUACAUCAGCUCUUUAGUCAAUACCCAAGUCUGCUACGACAUGCGGUGCCGUGCUGGGAGAAAAAUGGAGAAAGGCUUCAACAAGAGCCUGAUCAGCUUUGGCGGAUUCUCCUAGCAGCCACAUCAGAUCCUACAUCUCCAAAGACUAUUUGUGUGCUGGAUGCACUUGACGAAUGUCGCCCAGUGGACCAGAAGCGACUCAUUCAAAGACUCACAGACUUCUAUAACCAAGCCACCUUACCGACGACGCGAGAAAAUUGGUUAAAGUUUCUUGUCACCAGCCGCCCAUACGAUGACAUCCAGAAUAAUUUCAAACCUAUAACAGACCUAUUCCCGCAUAUUCGUCUGCAGGGGGAGCAGGAAAAUAAACAGAUUCAUGGGGAGAUUGAUCUCGUGGUGAAGACAAAAGUAAAAGAGUUGGCUGAAACAUCAGGGCUCCCAGCCGAUGUGGAGCAGCGAAUUGCUGAUCAGCUUCUGCAAAUGCAACACCGCACGUACCUGUGGCUAUAUCUGGCUAUUGAUGACAUCCGUAAUACGUUCCAGAAUAGCCUUCGGCCAGCUGAUGUAUCAAUUGUGCUGGUACCCGAGUCCGUGUACACUGCGUACGAGAAGAUACUUAGUCGAGUCCCAUCUGGUCAAAAGGAUAUCGCGAAGAAGAUCCUACGGAUUAUUGUUGGUGCUCGGCGCCCAUUAACAAUAGAGGAAAUGUCCAUGGCAUUAGGUGUGGCUGCCAAUCCUGAGUUGGGAACUGCAGCAGCAGCUCGGCUUGAACCCACCAGGCUUAGUAACAGGAUACGAAAACUCUGUGGGCUUUUUGUUUUCAUCAACAACUCAAAGAUCUACCUUAUACACCAAACAGCCAGGGAGUUUCUUAUUGGGAGAGAUAUCAUCCACAAACCUAUAUCGGAAUACUCCUUCGAAUUGCCAGAUGCCGAUAAGGAAAUGUCACAAAUCUGUAUCCGAUACUUGCAAAUGGAUGACCUCGAGGACCGCCAACAAUUAGAAUCCAAUAUUCAAUGCUUCCUGUCAUAUUCAGCAGUAUACUGGGCUGACCAUGUUCGGGGAAUGUCCUCAUCACAACAGCAAGAAAUGGUUAAUCUGGUACACGGUCUAUACAGCACCACCACAAGCAGACAUGAAUUGUGGUUCUCUAUAUUUUGGAAAACUAUUAUGCCACUGCAUGAAAAGGAUAGAAUGAAUGCAGUGCAUCUGGCUGCCUUCAAUGGACAUAGUCUUGUGUUGAAAAUGAUCCUCGCUACAGAGGAGAAUAUAAUAGAUGCAAAAGAUAGCAGUGGGGCUACUGGUUUAAUAUGUCAACACUCGGGGUGGACAUUAUGGAAAUGCCUUACAGGCUGCUUCUAG